AUGGACCAUAUGACGUUUUUAAAUUCAGAGUUUUCUAAUGGUUACUUGAACAACAAUAAAUACAGAAUAGGAGGUCAGUGGAGCACUGAAGCUGGAGAAUGGAGGUGGAUUAAUGGAAACGCCGUGUUUGAUUCUGUCAAUCUUAAUUUAACAGACUUCGACAUUUCUUCUAAUAAUGGCGAUUUGAUGUGGGACAGUGACUCAAAUCUACGCCAGAUAAACACAGGAAAUGGAGAGAAAUACUUGUGUCUGCAGAAAUGUGAAACGUCUAAUAUCCCGGAGACUGACAUACACUACUGGAAUGUGACAUAUUCCCUCACUGAUUUAAUUGAUAUCAUGGAAAGUAAUGCUCAGAUCCACUACGUAAACAAACAGAUUUUAGCAAUGGAGGAUGGAACUAUGAUGGUUUACCCCUUCCCUCCGAGUGGUAUUUCCUCAGAAGUUGUUAAACAUUACAGCCAACUCUACGCAUCGACACUCAGUCCAGUAGAGAAAGACCUGGUCAUUGUGAUAGACAGGUCGGGAUCCCUGGCCGAUGUUCACGGAACCAAAACUCUGUUACAGAUAACCAUUGAAGCUGUUACCUUUGUACUGGAAACACUCACUGCUAACGACAGGAUCGGGAUCGUGGUGUUUGAUACAGGAACCGUUGUUCCGGGCGCUGCUUCUAGGAAAUGCGUGGGAACCAAACUAGCUAAAGCGACGCCAGAAAAUGUCAAGUUUCUCCAGAGCAUACUUCAGAACAUUCAAAUAGGAGCGAGAACAAACUAUGAACUGGCUCUGCGAGAAGCAUUCAAGUUCUUCAAACAUUCUAAUUACACAACAGAAAGCGAACAAAGAGAAAAAAUCAUCCUUUUUUUGACGGAUGGAUUGCCGACUGUUGGGAAAGAUCCUGUCAAAACCAUUGCAGAGGAGAACAAAAUUUUGAACAAUAGUGUUGCUAUUUUCACCUAUGGCAUCGGACAACUAUUGAACGAUACAAUUGUUGAUGUUCUACAAAAAAUGACUGGCCAGGUAGAAAGUGACCCCAAAUACGGAAUAGUUCGUAAAGGCGAAUUUAAAAAGAUCGCCAAUCCUUCGAAAUUGCAAGACAUUCUUGCCUCAUACUGGAAACCA